AAAAUUUCAAAUUUGAAAAAAAUGUAAAAGACGCGUUUGGUAUAAAGAAGAACUUGGUAUGAAAACGACAUUACCAAAUUAUAGUUGAAAUCCAAAGAGAGACAUUUCACAUGAAGUGCGACAUGCCAUAUCAUUUUUGGUCGAUCAAAUAUCAAAUGGUGAAAUGUUAUGCUAUGUACAACAAGAAGUUGACAUUGGCCAAUAGUAACAACAACAAAGAUCAUGUCAGUAGAUGAUAAACCUAUAAAAGUAGAAGAAUCUACUGAAAAUGAAGAUGAUAAAGUGAUAGAAGAAGAAGAAGUACCACCAACAGCCACAGAAGAAACCAGGACGACAGAAGUACGAGAGGAAGAUGAUGAUCAGAAGGAGGCAUCUGAACCAGUGGAAGAAACCACCGCAAAUGAAUCAAUCAUAACCAAAGACUCAACUUCAACUUCAAACUCAUCCACAUCUAAGAAUUACCCUAAAUUAUAUCAAAAAUAUCUUGAAAAAUUCAAAAAAGUAUAUACGAUAUCCCAACAUUUAUAUGAAAUGGAACGAGAUCAACGACAAGCUUUACAUUAUUAUAAAAGAAGAAAUAAUAUCUUGUUGGAUAUGCUUCAAGAAUUCGAAUCAGCUGGUGAGCAUAAACCUAUACCUUCUUCUGAAGAGAUACUCUCAGGAAAGGAUCUUGGGAAACUUGAUAAUAUCAUUAAGAUAUCGCCUAAAUUAGGUGCAAACAUACAAGCUAUUCAAGACUUAUUACAAAAUGAUGAAGAAACAGAAGAGAACGUUGAAGUAGAUCGUAAUAGUCUCCUUAAUUUAUAUCUUACAGAACAAAUUCCUGAUUUAAUCCAAGAUGAUUUAAUCAGUUUAGAAUCAAAUCCUCAGCAAAGUGAAAAUUGGUCAAAACGUCAUUAUCCUCAUUUACAAUCAAAUAAAUUCAAACCUUUGGAUAUCCCUGCUAAAGGUAUAAUUGAUGAAUAUGUCGGUAUCAAUUAUAAAUUUGGGGCUGAUGAUAUUUCUAAUAAUGAUAAAACUGAUAAGAAAAGUUUAAUGUUAUCCUUUAAUGCUUCUACUGGUAGUUCUGGAAAGAGGAAGAAAGGUGAAACUUCCCAUUCUACAAAUAAAAGAGGGAAAAGAUAAAAUAAUGAUGUACUAUCUAUAUAUCUAUAUACAAGACUAUACUUUCAUAGAGUUCUUCCGUUCACGUUUAAGUAAAGUUUCUAAUACUUUUGUAUCAAGAAAUAAAUCAAAUAUAAAUUUCCUCUUUUCAAAUUUAUAAAUAUCUUUAUCAAUAAGUUUUAUAACUUCAAGGAAUAAUUGUAAAUUAUCAAAUAUUUCCGGUGAUGUUCUCUUUAAUUUAAUUAAUUCUUU